AUGCGGGCGACAGAGGAUGAAGGAAGGAGUGUUAGCUGCCUUCCCACACCACAUAAGCACUGGCUGUCACCCUGUGCCUUGGUCCUGCACACAUGGACCAAGUCCCCAAGAAGCCAGAAGGAUGCUCUGGUCCCCAACCCGUGCUGCUGCUGCUGCUCUCACCUGGCUCCUCUCCCACCCCUCGCAGGCAUGAUCCGGUACAUAGCACUGCUCAUCACGCUGCUGGGCAUCUGGUUCAUCAUGCAGACGUACUUUGAGCACAGAUGGAAAGCUAUCAGCCUGCGGAGCUGGCUCGGUGUCACAGACAAGCCCAGAAGCAAGCAGCUGCCCCGGCACAAGUGUGGGAACCAGAAGAGCUGCUCCCAGAACUAUUUCGCCUUCAAGAUCGUCAGUGGUGCUGCAAACGUGGUGGGACCCUCCAUCUGCUUUGAUGGCACAGUCCUCAUGAGCAGCGUGAAAAACAAUGUUGGCAGGGGCCUGAACAUCGCACUGGUGAACGGAACAAGCGGGCAGCUCCUGAAAGCAGACACAUUCGACAUGUACUCCGGAGACAUUAACAAACUGGAUACCUUCCUCCGAGAGAUCAAGCACGGCACCAUCGUGCUAUUGGCCAGCUACGAUGAUGCUGCCACAAAGAUGAACGACCAAGUACGGGCACAUUUUGUGGAGCUGGGCAGCAGCCACGUGAGCCAGCUGGGCUUCCGGGACAACUGGGUCUUCUUGGGAGCGAAAGGGCUGAUGAACAAGAGCCCCUUUGAAGAGCACAUCAAAAAUGCUAAGGAGACAAAUAAAUACAACGGCUGGCCUGAGCUGCUGGAGAUGCAGGGCUGUGUCCCCAUGAAGAUGGAUUAG